UUGAAAAAUAAAUAUUUUUAUUUUACAUUUGUUUGUUAAUAUUUUAAUUUCUUUUAAGCUUUAAAAAUGAAAUUUAUCACUCGUGGUUUUGGUAAGCUAAGUGUAAACUAUAAAAUUCGAAAUGUUCGUUCAAAAUUCACAAGAGCAGCUGUAUUAAAAGCUGUUAAUGAACCAUUGGUUUUUGAAGAUUUUAAAAUAUCUGAUAAACUUAAAGAAGGCCAACUCAGAAUUGCUGUUAAAUAUUGUGCUGUGAACAUGUCUGAUGCUACAAUUUGUUCUGGAUUAUCUGAACAUAAACCACAAUUGCCAUUUGUUCCUGGUUUUGAAUUAGUUGGCGAAGUAAUAGAAUCUAAACUUACUAAUAAUAAUGAAGAAGAAGAAGACAUAUCAGUUGGUGAUAGAGUAUUGGUUUUAAACAAAGAAAUCAUGGGUGGAUUUGCUGAAGAAUGUAUUGUUAAUGAAAAAGAUGUUUUUGGAGUACCUUCAGAAUUAUCUUAUGAAACUGCUGUGUCAAUUGGGGAUAGUUACGCAACAGCUUUAAUAGGAUUAGCGCGUCGUGCAAAUCUGAAAAAGGAUCAAACUAUUUUGGUAACAGCAGCUGCUGGUGGUUUAGGCCUGGCAGCUGUAGAUAUAGCUGCAAAUAUGUGUAAAGCUAAGGUUAUUGGAGCUUGCCGAUUAGAAAAAUAUACAUCUAUAGUACGAGAUAAAGGAGCAUUUAUUUCAUUUGAAAUUAAGAAUCCUGAAUCUAUGUGUAAAAGAGUAUUAAAAGAAACUGAAGGAAAAGGAGUUGAUAUUGUGUUUGAUGCCGUUGGAGGAGAAAUUUUCCCAUCAGCACUAGAUUGUGUUGGCCAUGAAGGAAAAGUAGUAGUUGCAGGUUAUUCAUCAUUGCAACUUCCUCAGUUAAAUGUUAACGAACUACUCCGUCGUCCUUCUUUUAGUUUAAUUGGUGUAUCUUUAAAUAACUAUCGUACUCACUCAGUCAAUAUAUAUAGACAAUCAGUCAAAGAUGUUUUAACUAUGGGCAAAAUGGGUGUGAUUAGUCCAAAUAUUUCAGAAAUAUUAAAACUUGAACAAAUAAAUGAAGCCUUAGAACAUUUUUCUAUGGACAAAAGCAGUGGUAAAAUUCUAUUAAAGAUCACUGAUUAAUUGGGGAGACGCAGUCACCCCUGACGAGCCGCCCCUGAUGAUGAUUAUGAAAUUAUUCAAUAUUUAAAUUAUCAACAUCGUGUCUAUACUGUACACGAAAAAAUAAAUCAUAUACUUGCGUUGGAUGACCAUAAUUUUAGGUUGAUAUUUAGAUUAGGAAAAAAUGUUAUUCGUCAUACAUUAGAAAAAAUUGAACGCGAAAUAGCUUCAUAAACUGAUAGGUGAGUUUAAACAUGCGUCUGUUGCAUAA